AUGGGCGCGUUCAGCACGCCCGCCGCCUCCUACGACUUCCAGCGCUACGCCUCGCUGUGCUCGCACGCGGACGACCUGCUCGAGGUGCUGGAGGAGCUGCGGGAGCAGGGGAAGCUGGGCCACGGCGCAGAGGACGACGUGGUGUUUGUGGGGCACAGCGUGAGCGGCAUGGUGUCGCUGCUCGCGAGUCUUGAGAGACCCAGCGCGUUCCGACGGCUGCUGCUGCUUGGGUCCUCGCCCAGAUACCUCAAUGAUCUAUCCUCAGGCUACCUUGGCGGCUUCAACCCCCCAGACCUGGACCAGAUCUUCAUGGCAGUGCGCGAGAACUACAUCGCAUGGGUGUCGGGCUUCGCGCCGCUCAUGGUGGGGCGGGACAUCAGCAGCAGGGAGGUGCGCGAGUUCAGUGAGACCAUGCUGCAAGUGCGCCCGGAUAUCGCCCUCAGCACGCUCCGAACUGCUUUCCAGUCCGACUUCCGGCACCUCCUGGGGCGGGUGGGUGCAUUGCUGGUGGUGGUCGUGGGUUGUGUUGCGGGUGGGAGGAGCGGGGUGACGAGCGGAGGAGGACGAGUGACAGUUCUAUCAACAGGAGCAGACGCGGCAGUGCCAGUGCAAGUGAGUGAGUACCUGAGGGAGGCCAUACCUGGUGCGUGCAUGGAGGUGCUACCCACGCAGGGCCAUCUCCCCCACCUCACCCACCCUGCUGUUGUCGCCCAAGCCAUCCAACGCCACGCUUUUGCGCCGCAGUGA